AUGUCUGCGAGGCUCUUAGCGCAGUUACUAAAGUCAGUGAAAGAUUCAUUAGAAAACCAGGUUAGUAUAGAUAAUACGAAGUUGUGGCUUGAUAGCAUGACAGCACUCUACUGGAUAAUGAACAACGGUGAGUGGAAACAAUUCGUCCGCCACAGAGUAAAUGAAAUCCUGAAAUUAACAAACAAGGAGGAUUGGGGACAUUGUCCUGGGGUGGAAAAUCCCGCGGAUAUAGGGUCUAGGGGUGUAGUUGCUUCACAAUUGAAGGAUAACAAGCUAUGGUGGGUGGGGCCUGAUUGGCUUAUUAGGUCUAAGGAGGAGUGGCCGAAAUUUGAGGCUGCUGCCAAAACAAGUACGGUCUUAGAAGAAGAACGAAAGUCUUCCGUAAUGGUCGUAGCUAGUAGUAAAGAGUUAGCUAGUAUAAGCAAAGUGAUAAAUCUGGAGGAUUAUGGGACAGCGGAACGACUUUUCAGAGUAACAGCAUGGGUACUUAGGUUUGGGUUCAAUGCACGAGCAAAGUCUAAGGGCAUGGAAAAGCGCUGUGGAGAAUUGACAGUAGAGGAGCUUGACGAGGCGGAAAAUAGAUGGAUUAAACAGGCUCAGGCAGAGUUAAAGGAGGCUAAAAAGUACGCCCAGAUUAGUAACAGUCUAGGCUUGAUGGAAGAAGGAGGUAUCAUAAGAUGUAAGGGUAGACUGCGUAAUUCUGAGCUAGAGUACAACACGAAACAACCCAAUCAUUAUUCCCAAGGAUAA